UGCGUGUUCCAGGCCGGACGGUGGCGGUGCUGCCCGGGAUCCUCUGUCUGUUCUCGGCUGAAGAGCUCUAGCGCAUCGGCGCAACUCAAACCAAGCCCCGAGAGCGAGUUCCAGAAGCGGACAAAGAGAUUCACACAUUCCCCUGAGACGCACCGAACCGGGACAGAACCACAGCCGGGACUGACCCGGAGCGAAGCCGCGGCCCCGGGAGCACAGCCCGAGCUCCGCCGCGCACAUGGAGCCUUCCCCGGCCAAAGCCAAGCCCCAGGGCCGGCUGCUGCUGUCCACCCCGCUGGACGCCAAGGACGAGCUGGAGGAGAGGCUGGAGCGCUGUGUGGGGAUCGUCCAGUCUCUGACAAACGGACUGUCAGAGCGAGAAGCCAACGAUGCUCUCACCGCCAACGUGUGUAAGGGGCAGCAGCAGCACGAGGAGGUGUGUUUGGGUUUGUUUACUCUGAUCCUCACGGAACCUACCCAGGCACAGAGGAGCUACAGAGACCUGACCCUGGUCAACAGAGACGGCAUGAAUAUUGUUUUGGUCAAAAUGAACCAAAUCCUGAUGGAGAAGUUCCUCAAACUGCAGGACCAGCCACGAACACAGAUGGUGUGGCUGGUGCGUGAGCUGGUGAAGACAGGCGUGAUGGGUGCAGAUGGAGUCCUGAUGACGCUGCUCAAGCAGAUCGCAGGAGGAGAUGUCUCCAGUAAAAACCUGUGGUUGGCUGAGAGCGCCCUGGACAUCCUCCUUGACCAAAAAGAGUGGGUGUUGAAGAGCGGGAUGCUGAUCUCCAUGGCCGUGUACACCUAUCUCAGACUCAUCGUGGACCAUGGAGCUCCAAACCUCCUGAGCCUCAGACAGAAGGAAGUGGACUUUUGCAUCUGCAUGCUCCGAGAGAAGUUCAUGGAGUGUGUAGUGAUCGGCAGAGACUUGGUGCGUCUGUUGCAAAAUGUGGCUCGGAUCCCAGAGAUGGAGCUUCUAUGGAGAGACUUGCUCCACAGCCCCCAGAGUCUGAGCCCAGGGUUUACAGGGAUCCUGCAACUGCUCACGGCUCGUACCUCCAGGAAGUUUCUGGCCUGUCGUCUCACGCCGGACAUGGAGACCAAACUGCUCUUCAUGACCUCUAGAGUGCGGUUUGGUCAGCAGAAGCGGUACCAGGACUGGUUCCAGAGGCAGUACCUGUCCACAGCUGAGUCCCAGUCUCUUCGCUGUGAUCUCAUCCGGUAUAUCUGUGGAGUGGUGCAUCCCUCCAACGAAGUCCUGAGCUCAGACAUCCUCCCACGCUGGGCUAUCAUCGGCUGGCUCCUUACUACCUGCACAUCAAAUGUGGCUGCGUCAAACGCCAAACUGGCCCUGUUCUACGACUGGCUCUUCUUCAACCCUGAGAAAGACAGCAUCAUGAACAUUGAGCCGGCGAUCCUGGUGAUGCACCACUCCAUGAAGCCUCACCCUGCCAUCACUGCCACUCUGCUUGACUUCAUGUGCAGGAUCAUCCCUCACUUCUUCCCUCCUCUGGAGACUCAGGUGCGUCAGGGCGUUCUGAACUCUCUCACCUUCAUCAUGGAGAAGAGAGUCCUGGCGCACUUGGCCCCUCUAUUCGAUAACCCCAAACUAGAUCGGGAGCUCAGGGCCAUGCUGAGGGACCGGUUCCCAGAGUUCUGCAGCGCCCCCUCUCCCCCCACUGAAGUGAAGUGUGAGGAUUCUUCCCUGUUGGACUCUCACCUUUUGGACAAAGAUGAGACGUGUUAUGACAACACAGAGGCCGCGUUUUCUGACGACGAAGAGGAGCUCAGCACUAAAGGGAAGAAGCGCGAGUUCCGGUUCCAUCCAAUCAGAGAGGCCGUGGUGGAGGAGCCUGCUGACAUCACACCCUGGCUUGACCAAUUGGAGGACAGCAUGAAGGACAAAGUGCAACAGCUGCAGAAGACCAGUGACACAGAGACUCAGUGUGAAGUGAUGCAGGAAAUCGUCGACCAGGUCCUGGAGGAUGACUUUGACCAGGAGCAGAUGUUGGCUUUGGCCUGCUGUUUGUCGGAGCUGUUUAAGGAGCACUUCAGAGGAGACGUGUUACCGGACGAGAUCACAGAGGAGUCUCUAGAAGAGUCUGUGGGGAAGCCCGUGUGUCUGAUCUUCAGGAACCUAGUACUGAUGCAGGAGGACAACAGUGGCUUCUCUGUGCUCCUCGACCUCCUCGCAGAGCUGUACCAGAAACAGCCCAAGAUUGGAUAUCACCUGCUCUACUACCUCAAGGCCAGUAAAGCGGCAAACGGGAAGAUGCUUCUGUAUGAGUCGUUUGCUCAGGCCACAGCGCUCGGUGACCUCCACACCUGCCUCAUGAUGGACAUGAAGGCGUGUCAGGAGGAUGAUGUGAGACUACUGUGUUUCCUCACACCUUCAAUCUAUACUGAGUUUCCAGAUGAGACUCUUCGGAGCGGGGAGCUGCUCAACAUGAUCGUGGCUGUGAUAGACUCCACUCAGCUGCAGGAGCUCAUGUGCCAUGUGAUGAUGGGAAACCUGGUGAUGUUCCGGAAAGAUUCUGUCCUCAACAUCCUCAUCCAGUCCUUAGAAUGGGAAACGUUUGAGCAGUACAGCACAUGGCAGCUGUUCCUCGCCCACAGCAUUCCGCUGGAGACCAUCAUCCCCAUACUGCAACAUUUAAAGUAUAAAGAACACCCCGAGGCUCUGUCAUGUUUACUACUGCAGCUGCGAAGAGAAAAACCUUCAGAGGAGAUGGUGAAGAUGGUGCUCUCUCGCCCGUGUCACCCCGAGGACCACUUCACCACCAGCCUCCUGAGACACUGGGCCACGAGACAUGACGAGACGUUAGCAGAACAUAUAAAAGCUCAGCUCAUCAAGAACAACAGCCAACCACGCAAGAGACAGAGUCUUCGCAGUAGCAGCAGCAAACUGGCUCAGCUGACUCUGGAACAGAUCCUGGAGCAUCUGGACAACCUCCGACUGAGCCUCUGUAACGUCAAGAACAGCUUUUUCUCUCAGACUCCGAUUCUUCAGGCUCUGCAGCACGUUCAAGCCAGCUGUGAUGAGGCGCACAAGAUGAGGUUCAGUGACCUGUUCUCAUUGGCCGAGGAGUUCGAGGAUGCUCAGAGCAAACCUCCAAAGUCUCGAAGAAAAGCGGCAGCCGCCUCUAGCCCCCGCCAGAGGAAAGGAGCGGCUCCGCCCACUGCCACUGCGACCACAGAGGAGGAGAGCGCCAGUAGCAGCGCCUCGGAGGAGGAGGACUCCAAACCCAAAGCUCCAAAGAGGAAGAGGAAGGGUUCAUCUGCAGUGGGCUCCGACAGUGACUGAUCAUCCAAUCAGAGCAAUGUGGGCUCUGUAAUGGCCAGUGGCAGGCAUGGAUCAUGUCGAGGGGAGGAGCUUAGCACAGACUGUUUUGUUUUUAAAGACUAAACUGAACUCUGACCUCAGAGAUGCACUGUUUCCACAGCAAACGGUCCAAGUGAUGGCAGAUCUCCCGUGAUGCACGGUGGCUGUGUUUUUAGCAAACUGAGAAAAAGGAGAAACUGAAUCACAACAAGGAAAUAAGGAGACUCUCAACUCCUCGUCUCCCCUCUUGUCUCCUUGCUCCUCCUCUACUUUGUAGUAGAACUGAACUCUCUUGAGGUUCUUAUUGUGAAGGGGCUGCACUUCCUGCUGGAUUCUCAGCACAAAAUGUUGUUUUCAUAAAGAUCUUUUCUUUAAAAUGUGUCUUUAUUUUAGUUUAUUUGUAAUUUUCUGACUGAAAUAAUCAAAUGUGAAACAACAAAACACUUUAAAAAUGUGAUUUAUUACAUGUAUGUACAAAACACAAAAUCAGCAGUUGAGUUUGAAAGAAGGCUGUCCUGGCAGAAUCCCUGUUC